GUAAUCCAUCUAAAUGAUAUACACAUGUUGUAAAGGUUGAUCUAUGUAUCGGUAAACGCAUAUAAAUUAAUUUCGGGCUUUAUCGCUUUGACCUUAUUGUCACUGGUCUGUCUGUUUAUGAGCAUCACCAUAGUUUCACUUCCGUUUUGUUUGUUUUCAUUUGCGCAGCAUGAAGAUACCGAUGGCUGUUAAGUUAGAUCAAGCGAUUACCUGUCUAAUUGUUUUAUUUUUCAUAGACACAGUGAGUGGUUUCAUCAGUGAGAUAUGUGGCAAAGGGGCAUGUCUCUAUGGUUACCAUUGCUGUAGCCAUUCCACUGGUUACUGCUGUCCUGAUGGAUUCGUUUGCAGUGGCAGCAUCUGUAUCAGCCUAGUUGUGAUCAUCGCCCCUAUCGUCAUCGGCGUCAUCGUCAUCAUUGUGAUCGUUGUCGUCGUUAUUGCCUGCAAAAAGAAAAGAGCCCAAGGCGUUGUCAUUGCGCCUAGUACAAACGUGGGAUAUAAUGUCCAACACCAGCAGACGACAGCUUAUCAAUAUGGACCGCCAGGUCAACCGGGUCAACAACCCAUGAACUACCAGUACGGUCAGCCAGGCCAGGGAGUUUACCCACCCCACCCAGCACAGCCCCAGGGUCCGCCCGCCUACCCUGGACAACCCCAGACCUCUACCGACCCGGCCUACCCACCCCCGCCGAUGGAAUACAAGCAACCAUGAAACGACUGUGGCAAAGCCCUGCUUUUCGUAAUACCAAAGUUUCUAAUCAAUAUCGAUAUUGAUCUUUUUUAACUCUUAUUGCAAACAAACUGGUUGACUUCAAGUCCAUAAUCUUCACAUAAAUAAUUAAAACGAAGCUUUGAACUUUCGAUUUAUUCAGUCAAGAGACAUGUUUUCUAUUUUAAAACAUGGAACCUUUGCUUUUAGAAAAUUUAUAGAGUAUUUUUUAAUAACAGCUCUUUUCAUUAGUAAGACUUACUGUCUUAUAAUUGAAUUAAUAAAGAAUCAAAGUGAAAAUUUUCUUUCUGAAAAAUGUACGACUACUCAUUAUUUUCUUUCCUUAUUGUUCUUUCUGUAUUAAUUAUUGAAGCUUGUGUAAGCGUAUUGUAUCGCUACCAUCAAGUCUGAAGGGUGAAAUACAUUCAGCUGCUGAUAUCUUUUGUGGGGAUCUUCCUCAUAAAAAUCGUUUUAUAGAUUUCGAAAUUUUACGUUGUUUUAUUUUACAAGCAGUACGAUGUACAAUGUCCUUGUUCAAACAAUAUAGAGCUAUUUAUGUAGACAGUGAUAUUGAUUUAUUUAUGCAAUGUAUUAAUAGUACCAAUUAUUAUGGAUGUAUUAACUGUAACUUAUGAUUAUUAAAUAAUGUAACUACCAUGUGCACCCCUUUAAAAUAUUACUAUAUAACUGGGUCAAAACAGUUACCGCUAUUUCAUAAACCGCUUCACUGCCGCCCGCAAUUUUUAUGAGUAUAAUCAUGCAGCUUAUCAACUCAUUCUUUUAAUUGACGUGUUUUAAUAUUGACCUUAACUAGAAGUGAGUAGUACUGAUCUGAAAGUUGUUCGUGUAAGAAGCAAAGGAAACCCUUUUAAAAUGUUCCAAUCCUAAUUAUUCUGACUUGCUCUAUAAGCCAUCAGUUUUUUUGCAGCACGUUCAGCACUUGAACAGCGUCCUUUUGUCCUGUAGAACAAUCUCUUUACAGUUGACCAUACAUUAUCAUACGUCAACAGAACCUGUUUCAGACCACCUCUCUCAUCGUCAAACUACUGGGAAAUUGACUGCUUUUAUCCGAUGAUAGUGCUCGUUAUUUUUUUUUUAUAAUCAAUCAAUGUUUUAUGGAAUUGACAAUUUUUAUGAUAUUGAUAUGUUUAGCACAUGAAGCAUGCAUUCUAUUCUUUGUAUUUUGAAAACUUCACAACCACGUAGCAUUGGGGGGGGGGGGGGGGCUUUCAGUCAUCUUUUUUAAAAUUUACAUAUAAAAAAUUAAAUAAAUGAAUGAUCAUGCAGUUACCCCUCUCCCCCCCCCCCCCCCCCCCCCCACUUUUUGGGGGACCAAAUAAAAGUUUGAAGUGAAGAUAAGGAAAUGGACAGGGAAAUUGAAGUUAUAGGUAUACCCCCCCCCCCUCCCCCCCAUUAAGAUUUUCAUGAUUUUUAUUUUUUUCUGCUUGUCAAGAUUUUUUGGGAUGAGUCUGCCACUUUCAAAAACGAUGUUACUUGCUUGAACUUGGACAUUGGUCCUAGGAGGGACAUCCGUUAUACAUACGGCGCGCAAAAUGUGUGAUAAUUUUUUUUUAUUCUAGCAUUUAAAAAAAAAGUUAUCUUUUUAAUGUAUCUGUUUUGUUGUAUCGUAUAAAUUGACGAGAAAUACAUUGCCAAUGCAUUUCUGAUAUCUACAUGUACUGUUUAUUUAAAACGCUGUUUACAUUUUGUUGAAUGUUUAUAUAAAAUUUAGUUCUUAUAAAG